AUGGCAAAAAUUAUUGGAGAAGCUGCUAUAGUUGGAGGCAAAUGGAAGAGAGAUGUCUGGUCUCACAAUUUAUUGGAGGAGAUAGAACUCAUGAAGCACUGUUUAUCAGAAUUUCCAAUUGUGGCUAUGGAUACGGAGUUUCCAGGAUUUUUAAGAUGUACUCCCAAAGGUGUUUCAGAUGAAGAAUUCUACCAAUGCCUCCAAUUUAACGUAAAUCGACUGAGCAUACUUCAGUUAGGACUCACACUUACCGAUGAGAAUGGAAGAAUAGGAAUGACGUGGGAGUUUAACUUUCAAGAUUUUGAUAAAAUUAGUAAUAUGGAGGGUGUUUAUUCACUCGAUUCAUUUCUAAAGAAUAAGGGAUUUAAUUUCAAUAUCCUGAGGAGCUGUGGAAUUUCUCCGGAAGAAUUUAGUAGACAAUUUAACCCUAUCCUUCGAAGCGGUAGAAUACAAAGAUGGAUAACAUUUCAUGGAUUGUAUGACAUCGCCUAUUUGAUGAAGUUUACCAACAUAAUAUGCAUGCCUACGUCCAUGUCUAACUUCGCCAUCAUGGCUGCACAUCUAUUAGGAACAGUCACCGACCUGAAACAUAUGGCUCGGUACUCCGACUACCUACUCAAUGGCAACCUAGGCUUAAAAAAACUGGCGAAGAUGCUGCAAGUUAAUCGCAUCGGUACUGCCCACUUUGCUGGGUCUGACAGUUUCCUUACAGCAUCCGUUUAUGCCAAGAUGAGGGUAAUUAUGAAGGUUGAUCCAAAGAUACACGAAGGCUUUUUAUAUGGAUUACCAUAUCCAAUUCAGGGUUAUCGACCACCAGUUGUAAUUGUAGAUCCAAAGUUAACCCACAAUCGUAUCUAA